AUGGCUGACCAGAACCUUCCCGAGAUGUCCGCAUCCGAUGUCAACUUCAUGUGUCAUACUCGCUGGGGCCAAAUCAAGCGCAAGUUCGCCCCGGCUGACCAGGCCACCCCCAAGAAGAAGGCCUCGCAGGCUUCUGCCAGCACCCCGACUUCUGCCUCCAAGGUCAAGAAGACCACCGGACGAGUCGGCGCCAAGGCCGCCAAGGGCAAGAAGAUCGUCAAGGACGAGGAGGAGGAGGAAGAGGCCGAUGAUGACAAGGAUGUCAUCAAGACCAAGGAAGAGGUGUUCGACAUCUAA